GCUCCCUGUCGGUCGGGACACGCAGUGGAGUCGAGGAGGGAGAGCUGGAGGUAUUCAAUGGAGGAGAGAACGUCAUCUGUAUCUGAUGUUUAAUUCAACUUUUUAUUUUUCUUUCUCAUGCCUUAUUUUUUGUUUUGUUACUUUUAGCGGUUCAGGCAUAUAAAUUAAACCGUCAGAUUGUAUCGUCCAAGCGAUUUAGCUACCAAAAUGUUUAAAACCCCAGACCGCCAGAGCAGAGAACCAUUGAAAGGGGAAUUAUUUGUGUGAAAUGCAAUCUUGAUUGAAUACAAAAUAAAUAAAAAAAGCAAAAGAUAGAGCGAUAUAGAGAGUGAAAAGGGGACACAUUACCGUCCAGAAAACACAGUCUCCGGGCAACCACCAGCUUGUCGUUGGAGGUGCAGUCUCCGUGUGAAGACGAGAAGCAUUGAAUCAUGGGGGCGUUUUUGGACAAGCCGAAGACAGAGAAGCACACAGGUCACGGUUCCGGGAAUGGGCUGCGCUUUGGGCUGAGCAGCAUGCAGGGCUGGCGCGUGGAGAUGGAGGAUGCCCACACAGCAGUGCUGGGGGUCCCGCAUGGCCUGGACAACUGGUCCUUCUUUGCCGUCUAUGACGGGCAUGCCGGCUCCCGGGUCGCCAACUACUGCUCCAAGCAUCUCCUGGAACACAUCACGGGCAGCGAAGACUUCUGGGGCACGGAAAAGCCGGGCUCUACACUGGAGCCCACGGUGGAGGGCGUCAAGAGCGGCAUCAGAACUGGCUUUUUGAAAAUCGACGAGUACAUGCGCAAUUUCUCGGAUCUGCGCAACGGUAUGGACCGCAGCGGCUCGACUGCGGUGGCCGUGCUCCUUUCUCCGGAGCACCUGUACUUUAUCAACUGCGGAGACUCGCGGGCCGUGCUGUACCGCAACUCGCAGGUCUGCUUCUCCACGCAGGACCACAAGCCCUGCAACCCCCGCGAGAAGGAGCGCAUCCAGAACGCGGGCGGCAGCGUGAUGAUCCAGCGGGUGAACGGCUCGCUGGCCGUGUCGCGCGCCCUUGGGGACUACGACUACAAGUGCGUGGACGGCAAGGGCCCCACAGAGCAGCUGGUGUCCCCCGAGCCCGAGGUGUACGAGAUUCCCAGGUGCGAGGAGGACGAGUUCGUGGUGCUGGCCUGCGACGGAAUCUGGGAUGUCAUGAGCAACGAGGAGCUCUGCGAGUUUGUCAAGUCCAGGCUGGAGAUAACGGACGACCUGGAGAAAGUGUGCAACUCUGUCGUGGACACCUGCUUACACAAGGGAAGUCGUGAUAACAUGAGCGUGGUGAUAGUUUGUUUCGCGAACGCUCCCAAGGUUUCGGAGGAGGCAGUGAAGAAAGAUGCUGAGUUGGAUAAGUACUUGGAGUCACGUGUGGAAGAAAUCAUUGAGAAGUCUGGCGAGGAGGGUGUUCCGGACCUGGUUCAUGUAAUGCGCAACCUGUCUGUGGAGAGCAUCCCGAACCUGCCCCCAGGAGGGGGCCUGGCCAGCAAGCGCAGUGUAAUUGAAGCCGUGUACAACAGGCUGAACCCACACCGGGACGAGGAUGGGGACCCUCCUGAAGCAGAGGACGGCGGGACACCAGGCAAGCUGCAGGCUGCUCUUCGUCAGUUCAGAGUUAAUCAUAGGGGGAACUACGGGCCCGCCCUGCAGGAGGUGCUGACUAGUGUCAGGCUAGCUGAAGAGCAGAAGGCAGCCCAGGAAGCAUCAGCAGCUUCUACUCCUUCAGCACCAGCAGGACACCCCCAGGAGAACACUGUGAGCCAGCCCUGAGACAUCCUGGGAAAAACACAAGGACCUGAGCCAGGCAUAGACCAGUUUCCAUUCUCAUAGAGCUUUGUGAAUCUGACCUUUUACGAGUUCAGCGAUGGCCAGAGUUAGUCCUUGUGUUGGACAUUCCAUUGUUCUGUUGCCAGCAAGAUAUACCCGGGGUUGUUAGUUCAUAUUUUAUUUUUUUGGAAAAUGAUCUUUACGAAGUGGAGUUAAACAAUGGUGAUUACAGACGGACGGAUGUCUCCACCUCUCUGUUGUGAAGAUGCUGUAUGGAAGGCCCCUGUCCAGUCGUACAGCUGUGAAUGUUUGACUUUAUUGACACCAUACUCCAGGGGUAUCUAACCCUGGUCCUGGAGAGCCCCAGUCCUGCAGACUUUACACCAUCAAUGGCUAAAGAUCUGGAACACCUCCGUUAAUCUUGACUAAUUAAGCCAAUAAUUGGUUUGAGUAAGUGAGAGCUCGUUUGAAAUGAAAAUCAGCAGACCCAGUAGCUCUGGUAGACCAGGGUUGGAGACCCCUGCCCUGCUCUAUACAGCAUUAACAUGCCUGUUUCAGAGAGGGUUCUUUUCUGUCCAGUGUUUUAAUAAAAUCAUAGCUGCAUUCAACAGCACAAUUCUUAACUUUUUUUUUUUUACGUUUUAAUAAAGCUUGUAAGCUGGGAAGGUCAUCGUGUUAAUGCAAUAUUUCAUCACGUCACUGGUCCGAUUGCCAAGUAGUCAUUUGUAUGCAGGCCGAUUUAAUCAGUCCAAGGCAUGCCUUUGGUAUUCAACACAUGUCUAAUGUAAACAUUUUGUGUAUAGUGUUGCCAUAGCAACUGAAACUACAUUGAUGAGUGUGCAGACCUGUUGCUGCUCCCUGCAUGCCUCUCUUGAAUCUACCCAAAGAAAUGUAAUGAAUGCACGAGGGAGAACAGGUGCCUGAGCCGCAAAGCCCUGGUGCACUGGUACACCCAGCUGUGUCUCAGACCUGUGCUAAAACUCCUGUCCUAUUUCACUGCAUACCGCCCCCAUGAGCGCCCGACAUGUCCUGAUUACCGAAACACAGCUGCCUCGUUUGGAAUUAAUUUCACAAAGAUCACAGAGCACUGGGAAAUGAAUUGCAAUAGUACAGGAUUAAGAAAUUCAGGCAAAGGUUUAGGUUUCAUGAAAAACUGCUUUUUUGAACUACAUAUUUAUACUCUGAUCAUGCCCUCUGCCUUAUGAGAGAAAUACAUGCAUGUGCAAAAAAAAAAAAAAAAAAAAAGAGAUUUCUCCCCCAGCAAAACUGGGUCUGUUGAGAGUACGUGCCGUCUGGUUGUGAAUGUAAAAA